AUGGCCUUAGCGAUCUUAACGAUAACCGACGAAAAAGAAACGGAAGAGAUUAAGAAAGAGAUCGAAGCUACGGGAUUCGGAAACGGACCUUCAAAAGACCCCGGAUUCGGAAAUAAGCCUUUUAAAGACCUUAAAAGAAGACGGACCACCGGCAAUUAUAUCGAUAACCUCUUACCGAUCCGAUCAUUAGCUAAGCACAAUACGCUUGCGUACGGCACUCUAAGCGCCCUUAACGAUAAUAAAGACGAUUUCCUUAAGCUUAAAGCAACGGACCUUCACUUAAGAGCAAAAGAACCACUUCGAAACCGACUACCGGCGAAAGAAAAUCUAAAGACCUCGCUUAGCGAGUGCUUUAAGAAGCUCGUUAAAGAGCUUAAGAGCAUUCAAGGCUCUUUACGACCAGGUUUAAAGGAUGAUCGAAGUCUUGCUAACAAGCUGUAUUCAGCUUAUAAAAACGUGCUAAAGACUACGAUUGCACGAAUGAAUCUUGCUUUUAUCUUUACCGCGGCAAUUGCUAAUAUUCGUCGAGCAAUUGCCUUUGCAACUGAAACCUCCCGACCUCCCGUUAAAGCUAAAGCUUACGCGAGCUUUAGCGAGCCAUACGAUCACACCUGCUCUCAUAACACCUUAAAGGCUGACUCCGAUUUAAACGAAGAAUACGAGUGCUUUAUUCAAGACCGCCAAUACUUCGAAAGUAAAAAAGCUGCCAAGGCUAUUAAAACGUCGAUCGAAGGUUUGCUACUUGUAUCUACGGAAGAAUUCGAUCAGUUUAUCGCAAGCCUACUAGACGAGCCGCCCGAAUCGAGCAGCUACGUCAACAUGUCAAAAGGUUUUAUGACUACCCACGGCACCUUUAACGCUAACGAAGUAUAUAAGCAACUAAAGAUUCAGACGGCAUUCCACGCCCUUACUAGCCAAAUCGAGACCUAA